AGCUCUGAUAUCUCUCUAUUAAGAUAUUUAUGGAAACUAUAAAUAUCUAUCAAAAUAAAAGCUGGGAAGUUGGGAUUAAAAAAUGAUAGCUGAUUUUUGAAAUAAAAAAAAGAGAAAACGGUGGAGUGCAAGACGGGAAGAAAUGGGUAGCUGAAGAUUGGGAAAGCGUAGAAAAAUCAGUGAAGAAGAAUAGAAGCAGCGGAAAGGUAUCUCUAGGUUAUCGUCUUCCUCUGCCGGUUGAUCAGAAUCUCGGAUGGAUUGAGAAGAAACGUGGGUGCAUUUUGAAUCUCCUGACUGAGAAAAAUUGCUUGAUUGCUAUUUACAUAGCGAGGGAGAGGUGUCCAGAUAGUGAAUUCGAUGAUACUCUUGCAGUCUCCUUCCAGAUUUCUUCUGCAAACCUUGUUAAAUCGGGUUCAGAAUCUUGAGAAAGGAGUUGAACUGGAUUACCAAUGGGUUGAGUUUGAUGAUGUUCGCUACCAUGUUCAGGUGUCAAUGAAGUAUCCACAAUUCCUGCUGCUGUCAGUAUCGUUACCCACUCCAGCUCAAGAGGCAGUUUUCUCUGGUGGGCUUCCCUUUGGAGCCAUAGAAGCAAUAAAAGCUUCAUAUGGUGUACUCGUACAAAUUCUUGAUCCUCCAAAAGACGGCUUCAAUCUCACAUUGAAACUGAAUUUGUCAAAACUUCCUCCAGAUGAAGAGUAUAAACAUGCUCUCUUGGUAAAGAUUGCAUCUGUAAGGGAAGUGGUACUGGGUGCCCCACUAAGGGUAGUGCUAAAACAUCUUGCUUCAAGGACUGUUGCUCCAGAUAUCAAUCGGCCUUUUGCCCUUGUACAUCGGCCGAAGGAGUCCUUUUUUCUUGUUCCUCAGGCUGAAAAGGUUACUGUUGUGUUUCCUAUGAGAUUCAAGGACUCCAUAGAUACUGUUCUUGCAACAUCCUUCCUUCAGGAAUUUGUUGAAGCAAGACGCACAGCUGGACUGAAUAAUGCUCCUCCUUGUCUGUGGUCUCCAUCUCCUCCUCUAGAAUUGAGGGGUACUGCUGGUGAAGCUUUAUCUGCAAAUGCAGGAUUCGUUACUUUUGUCAUUUUCCCACGCCACGUGGAAGGCAAAAAACUGGACCGAACUGUUUGGAGUUUAUCAACAUUUCGUGCAUAUGUUAGUUAUCAUGUUAAGUGCUCAGAGGGUUUCAUGCACACUCGGAUGAGACGUCGCGUGGAGUCCCUUAUUCAGGCUCUGGAUCGUGCUAAGCCAGAUUUGGAGAAAUCAAAGAAAACUGUACAAGGCAGAUCCUUCAAAAGACUGAGUCUCAAGGAAGCACACACCAACUCAAAUUCACAGAGGUGGAGUUAGUGAAAUUAAAUGGCAAAUUUGUUACUGCUGAACUUUAAGAUCCAUGUCCAAUGAAUGACACUUGUUGUAUAUGAAGGGGAGAGGAAGGGAAGGGAAGACUGCAGCAAGUGCUCGUGUUUAUUGUCCACUAAGAGGAACCACUAGUAUAUUCAGAUUCUACUAUAUACGAUUUUGUUAGCAGUUGACUUCAUUGGUACCACAAUAACCAUUUUGUUAGGUGAUUUUCGAGUCCACAUCAGAUUUUUUUUUUUUUUUUUUAAUUUAAAUAUUUUCUGCGGUUCGAAACGUUAA